ACUUACGGGAUCACCAGGGGCGGCCGCGUCUUCUUCAUCAACGAGGAGGCGAAGAGCACCACCUGGCUGCACCCCGUCACCGGCGAGGCCGUGGUCACCGGGCACCGGCGGCAGAGCACAGAUUUGCCUACUGGCUGGGAAGAAGCAUAUACUUUUGAAGGUGCAAGAUACUAUAUAAACCAUAAUGAAAGGAAAGUGACCUGUAAACAUCCUGUCACAGGACAGCCAUCACAGGACAAUUGUAUUUUUGUAGUGAAUGAACAGACCGUUGCAACCAUGACGUCUGAAGAAAAGAAGGAACGACCUAUAAGUAUGAUAAAUGAAGCCUCUAACUACAACAUUUCUUCAGAUUAUUCAGUGCAUCCAAUGAGCCCUGUAGGCAGAACUUCACGGGCUUCCAAAAAAGUUCACAAUUUUGGAAAGAGAUCAAAUUCAAUUAAAAGGAAUCCUAACGCACCUGUGGUCAGACGAGGUUGGCUUUAUAAACAGGACAGUACUGGCAUGAAGCUGUGGAAGAAACGCUGGUUCGUGCUUUCUGACCUUUGCCUCUUUUAUUACAGAGAUGAGAAAGAAGAGGGUAUCCUGGGAAGCAUACUGUUACCUAGUUUUCAGAUAGCUAUGCUUACCUCUGAGGAUCACAUUAAUCGCAAAUAUGCUUUUAAGGCAGCCCAUCCAAACAUGCGGACCUAUUAUUUCUGCACUGAUACAGGAAAGGAAAUGGAGUUAUGGAUGAAAGCCAUGUUAGAUGCUGCCCUGGUCCAGACAGAACCUGUGAAAAGAGUGGACAAGAUUACAUCUGAAAAUGCACCAACUAAAGAAAUCAAUAACUUUCCCAACCAUAGAGUGCUAAUUAAACCAGAGGGCCAAAAUAACCAGAAAAACAAGGAAAUAAGCAAAACUGAAGAAAAAAAGGCAUUAGAAGCUGAAAAAUACGGAUUUCAGAAGGAUGGUCAAGAUAGACCUUUAACAAAAAUUAACAGCGUAAAGUUGAAUUCUCUGCCAUCUGAAUAUGAGAGCAGGUCAACAUGCCCAGUUCAGGCUGGACACUACAGGCCAGUCAAUGUGAAUAGUUCAGAGAGCAAAACAGUCAAUGUUAGCCUGGCAGAUCUUAGAGGUGGAAACCACCCAAAUGCAGGGCCCUUACACACAGAGGUUGAUCGAGUCAUACAGAGAACGAAUUCAAUGCAACAGUUGGAACAGUGGAUUAAAAUCCAGAAGGGGAGGGGUCACGAAGAAGAAGCCAGGGGAAUAAUUUCUUACCAAACACUACCAAGAAAUAUGCCAAGCCACAGAGCCCAGAUCGUGGCCCGCUACCCUGAAGGUUAUAGAACUCUCCCAAGAAACAGCAAGACCAGGCCUGAAAGUAUCUGCAGCGUGACCCCCUCCACUCAUGACAAAAUAGCAGGACCUGGAGUGGAAGAGAAGCGGAGAUCAAUGAGAGAUGACACGAUGUGGCAGCUUUACGAAUGGCAGCAGCGUCAGUUUUAUAAUAAGCAGAGCACCCUCCCUCGUCAUGGCACUUUGACCAGUCCUAAAACCAUGGUUAAUAUUUCUGACCAGACCAUGCACUCUAUUCCCACAUCACCUUCCCAUGGGUCAAUUGCUGCUUAUCAGGGAUACUCCCCUCAGCGAACCUACAGAUCAGAAGUGUCUUCACCCAUUCAGAGAGGAGAUGUGACGAUAGACCGCAGGCACAGGGCCCAUCACCCUAAGCAUGUCUAUGUGCCUGACAGGAGGUCAAUGCCAGCUGGCCUGACUUCACAGUCUGUUAGUCCCCAGAGCCUCCAAGGCAAAACGCCAGAGGAGCUUACGCUGCUGCUAAUAAAGCUGAGACGGCAGCAAGCUGAACUGAGUAGUAUCCGGGAGCACACGUUAGCACAGCUCAUGCAGCUCAAACUUGAGGCCCACAGCCCAAAGAAUGAAAUUCUUUCACAUCAUCUUCAAAGGAACACCAUAUAUUUGGAUCAUCAGCUGUCACAAGAUGAAUGUAGAGGCACAUUAUACAAAUACAGACCUGAAGAAGUCGAUAUUGAUGCCAAGUUAAGCCGAUUAUGUGAACAGGAUAAAGUGGUACAUGCUCUGGAAGAGAAACUUCAGCAACUCCACAAGGAGAAAUACACGCUUGAGCAAGCUUUGCUAUCAGCCAGCCAAGAGAUAGAAAUGAACGCAGAUAACCCAGCAGCCAUUCAGACCGUGGUGUUACAGAGGGACGAUUUACAAAAUGGACUGCUCAGUACGUGUCGGGAACUCUCCCGAGCCACUGCUGAACUGGAGCGAGCGUGGAGAGAAUAUGACAAGCUAGAAUACGAUGUCACUAUUACCAGGAACCAGAUGCAAGAGCAGCUGGAUCGCCUGGGUGAAGUUCAGACUGAAUCAGCAGGAAUUCAGCGUGCACAGAUUCAGAAAGAACUUUGGAGAAUUCAAGAUGUCACAGAAGGACUGAGUAAACACAAGCAGCAGAGAGGCACCACAGAAACAGGUAUGGCAGGACCAAAGCCUUUCUCGACAGUCAAGUACAAAAAUGAGGAAGAGGAAGUAGUCCCACCUCGUCCUCCACUUCCUCGGUCCUAUGACUUUACAGAGCAGCUUCCCAUAAUCCCCUCUCUGCCCAGUGACAGCAGCUCCUUGCUCUGUUAUAGCAGGGGCCCAGUCCAUCUGCCUGAAGAAAAGAAGAUUCAUCAAGUUCAAGGAUAUCCAAGAAAUGGAUCUCACUGUGGUCCAGAUUAUAGACUCUACAAGAGUGAGCCAGAGCUAACAACUGUGGCAGAAGUUGAUGAGUCUAAUGGGGAAGAAAAAUCAGAACCUGUUUCAGAAAUGGAAACUUCAGUUAAAGGUCCCCACUUUCCUGUUGGAGUAGUCCCUCCAAGGACAAAAUCACCAACGCCCGAAUCUUCGACAAUAGCCUCAUAUGUAACUUUAAGGAAAACUAAGAAGAUGAUGGAUACAAGAACGGAAAGACCAAGAAGUGCAGUGGAACAGCUCUGUUUGGCCGAAACUAGUCGACCUCGGAUGACUGUGGAAGAGCAGAUGGAAAGAAUCAGGAGACACCAGCAAGCAUGCUUAAGGGAAAAGAAAAAGGGACUAAACAUCAUUGGUGCUUUAGACCCGUCACCCUUACAGAGUCCUUCAAGUGCGAGGGACCAUCCAUUCAGGGUUGCCCAGACUCGAAGGAGGGAUGAUAACAUUAAGGAAGUGGACACUGUUAUUAAAGAAAAUAAUGUGAAGCCAGAUGAUGAAGCUCCUGCAGCAGAAAUUGUUCGACUAAAAGAAACUGAGCCUCCAAAUGCGGAUUUCAGCAAAGAGUCUCAAAAAACUGAAAACGCUUUUUAUGAAACACUUUUCAAACCUGAACCAAAUGGAGUAAAUUCUGAAGAAGUGGUGGAUAAAGAAAGAAACAAAGAAAAAAUGCCUGAGGAUGUUUCAUACAGCCCUCAGGAUGAGACACAGAUCACAAAUCAUAAAGCGGAAGGCCACCCUGAAGAAGAUACAAAAGACGAUAUUCCUGAGCAGGAAGAAACUGCUAUUUCUUAUGACGGGUCUCCUGAGGCUUCUAGAGGAAAUCAAGCGAUGGCAGUGAAAAGUCUGUCCCCGUCUCCUGAGUCCUCGGCAUCACCAGUGCCAUCCACUCAGCCGCAGCUCACAGAAGGAUCCCAUUUCAUGUGUGUGUAGUCUCAGAAAAACUACACUGACUUCUGUUGAAACCAUUCAGAGCUGAGGACAUGGACCUUCGGCAAUGUGAGAAGAUAUUGUACAGUAUAUUUUUAAUCUAUGAAAUUCAUAGUUCUGAUGCUUUUGGCCACAGAGCAUCGUUUUAUCACUUCUGGAAAAUGUUUAUUCCAAAACAGCUUUAACGGCCCAUAUGUGCACUCCAUAAUCUCAAGGUUAUUAUUCUGACGCCAGCUUGCUGCUAUGAUUUCAGAGCACAUAAGUAAAGGUGCUUUUAAUGUGCGGUCUACAGCCAGUGCUUACUCAGUUACUGAUUUCCGGAUUUUGAUGUUUCUGAAGUCGAGGUGGAUUUAUAUUUCUUUUUGCUUUUCAGUACACAAUUUAGUUAUUAUUUCCAACAAAGCUUGUUUCCUUUUUUUUUUUCCUUCCCAUUUUGGCUCCUGCAAUGCUUUGUUUCACACUUGAUUUGUAAAAAUUUUAUAUAUAUAUUUAAAAUGUGCCAUUUUAUUAUUGCUAAGUGAAGUAUGUCCCGUUUUCUGCUAUAAUUAUUUCUCAGUCAGAUUGCAAUGUCAGCAGUUACUGCCAUACUCUUGUUGGCUUAAACACAAAUGUUACGCUUACUGUUUCUUAAAAAACAAUUUAAAAUGUAGGUAUUUUGAAGCACUGGGCUUCUCCUUCAUUGGAAUAGAUGUGUACAGCAAUAAGCAAGUUUUCAAAUCCAGUACUUAGUUUAUGUACAAAUGUAAUUAUGUUCAUUGUGUAUUAUUAUACAAUGAGCACAUGUAAUGUAAGUAUUAAAGGCUACUUACUACUGUUUAAAUGCAAAUGUUCAUAUCUCAUUUCUUUUUUAUCAUGUUAAAUAAAUGUUGAUGUUCUUAAAUCA